UUCUUGGGUUCCCUCCCUCUCUCUCAAUCUCCCUCAAAGUAAUAAACCACUGUAGCUCCAUAGAGUUAUCGAGAGAGAUACCGAGUCACUGAGUGAGAGAGGGAGGCUUUUUCUUCUUCUUUUUCCCUUUGAAAAGCAGCACAAAAAUGCCACCUAACGCCCAUCGAAACCAUGCCCCAGAAACGCGUUCAUCCACCGCCAACGGCGACCACCACAACUCUAUCACCGCCCCACCUCUCCAACGCCACCACACUUACUAUCCUCACCGUUCUUCCUCUUCCUCCGCCUCUUUCAAAGGCUGUUGUUGCUGCCUCUUCCUUCUCUUUUCCUUCUUAGCCCUUCUAGUGCUCGCCGUCGUCCUCGUAAUAGUCCUCGCCGUUAAGCCCAAGAAGCCCCAGUUCGAUCUCCAACAAGUAGGUGUUCAAUACAUGGGCAUUUCCACAUCCAAUCCUUCCUCUUUCGACGGCACCGCCACCUCCGUCGCGACCACCCCGACGACCGCCUCUUUGUCUCUGACCAUCCGCAUGAUUUUCACGGCGGUGAAUCCCAAUAAAGUAGGGAUCAAGUACGGGGAAUCCCGGUUCACCGUCAUGUACCGCGGGAUUCCUUUGGGGAAAGCUUCGGUCCCCGGGUUUUACCAAGAAGCUCACAGCACCAGAACCGUGGAUGCAACCAUCGCCGUCGAUCGAGCUAACUUGAUGCAAGCUGAUGCAGCUGAUUUGAUCAGAGAUGCUUCGCUUAACGACCGUGUCGAGCUCCGGGUUUUGGGUGAUGUUGGCGCCAAGAUCCGUGUGAUGGACUUCGAUUCCCCCGGCGUUCAGGUAUCGGUGGAUUGUGCAAUAGUGAUUAGUCCAAGGAAGCAGUCACUUACAUACAAGCAAUGUGGAUUUGAUGGAUUGAGUGUUUAAAGCCCUAAACCUCCAAGAGUUUUUCUUACUAUUUUCACAUUGGUUGAA